GCCUGGUGGCAGCGCUGCGCGGCAGGGCGCUCCAAGCAGACCCGGCCGCGGGCGGCUCCUCCGCGAGCGGUCUCGCACCUGCUGCCCUCGCCCAACCCAGGGCGCCGCUGCCAUGCGGCUGGCGCUGCUGUGGGCCCUGGGGCUCCUGGGCGCGGGCAGCCCUCUGCCCACCUGGCCGCUCCCAAGUAUAGGUGGCACUGAGGAGCAGCAGGCAAGGUCAGAGAGAGCCCUGAGUGGGCCCUUGGAGCCCCAGGUCCUUGAGGACAACCUCCCGAUUAACCUAGCAGAGGUACUUCAGACCAGUCUGCCUGAGUCCCUGAGGAUCAAAUUGGAGCUGGAUGGUGAAAGUCAUAUCCUGGAGCUGCUACAGAAUAGGGAGUCAGCCCUAGGCCGCCCAACCCUGAUGUGGUACCAGCCCGAUGGCACUCGGGUGGUCAGUGAGGGACACACUCUGGAGAACUGCUGCUACCAGGGAGGAGUGCAGGGCCAUGCGGACUCCUGGGUGUCCAUCUGCACCUGCUCUGGUCUCAGGGGCUUAGUCGUCCUGUCUCCAGAGAGAAGCUACACCCUGGAGCAGGGGCCUGGGGACCUUCAGGGUCCUCCCAUUAUCUCCCGAAUCCAAGACCUCCUCCUGCCAGGCCACACCUGUACCCUCCGCCGGCGUGCAUCUGUGCCCACUCAGGCUCCACCAGAGGGACAGCGCCACAUUCGCAGGAGGCGGGAUGUGGUGACAGAGACCAAGAUUGUUGAGCUGGUGAUCGUAGCUGAUCAUUCGGAGGUCCAGAGGUACCCAGACUUCCAGCGCCUGCUGAACCGCACGCUAGAAGUGGCCCUUCUGUUGGACACAUUCUUCCGGCCCCUGAAUGUACGAGUGGCACUAGUGGGCCUGGAGGCCUGGACCCAUCGUGACCUGGUGGUGAUAAGCCCAGACCCGGCUGUCACGCUAGACAACUUCCUCCACUGGCGCCAGGCAGACUUGCUGCCUCGCUUGCCCCAUGACAGUGCCCAGCUGAUGACUAGCACUUCAUUCUCUGGUCCUACGGUAGGCAUGGCCAUUCAGAACUCCAUCUGUUCUCCUGAAUUCUCAGGAGGCGUGAACAUGGACCACUCCACAAGCACCCUGGGAGUCGCCGCCUCCAUAGCCCACGAGUUGGGCCACAGCCUGGGCCUGGACCAUGAUUCACCUGGGAACAGCUGCCCCUGUCCGGGUCCAGCCCCAGCCAAGAGCUGCAUCAUGGAGGCCUCCACAGACUUCCUGCCAGGCCUGAACUUCAGCAACUGCAGCCGACAGGCCCUGGAGAAAGCCCUCCUGGAGGGGAUGGGCAGCUGCCUCUUUGAACGGCUGCCCAGCCUGCCCUCUCUGGCCGCCUUCUGUGGAAAUAUGCUCGUGGAGCCUGGCGAACAGUGUGACUGUGGCUUCCCAGAUGACUGCACUGAUCCCUGCUGUGAUUACUCCACCUGCCAGCUGAGGCCAGGGGCACAGUGUGCAUCUGAUGGACCCUGUUGUCAAAAUUGCCAGCUGCGCCCGGCUGGCUGGCAGUGCCGCCCUACCAGAGGCGACUGUGACUUGCCUGAGUUCUGCCCUGGAGACAGCUCCCAGUGUCCCCCUGAUGUCAGCCUGGGGGAUGGUGAACCCUGCGCUGGCGGACAGGCUGUGUGCAUGCACGGGCGUUGCGCCUCCUAUGCCCAGCAGUGCCAGUCACUUUGGGGACCUGGGGCCCAGCCUGCCAUGCCACUUUGCCUCCAUACAGCCAACACUCGGGGGGAUGCCUUUGGGAGCUGUGGGCGCAGCGGCAAAGACAGCUAUGUGUCCUGUGCCCCUAGAGAUGCCAUUUGUGGGCAGCUUCAGUGCCAAGGGGGUAGGGCCCAACCUCUGCUGGGCUCAGUCCGGGAUCUGCGUGGGGAGACACUGGAAGCAAACGGGACCCAGCUGAAUUGCAGCUGGGUGCACCUGGACCUAGGCGACGAUGUGGCCCAGCCCCUCCUGACUCUGCCUGGCACAGCGUGUGGUCCUGGCUUGGUAUGCAUAGCCCAUCGAUGCCAGCCCGUGGAUCUCCUGGGAGCACAGGAAUGUCGGAGCAAAUGCCAUGGCCAUGGGGUCUGUGACAGCAAUAGGCACUGCCACUGUGAGAAGGGCUGGGCGCCCCCUGACUGCACCACCCAGCUCAGAGCAAACAGCUCCCUGACCACAGGGCUCAUCCUCAGUCUCCUGUUGUUACUAGUCCUGGUGCUGCUUGGUGCCAGCUACUGGUACCGUGGCCGCCUACGCCAGCAACUCUGCCAGCUCAAGGGACCCAGCUGCCAAUACAGGGCAGCCCAGUCUGGUCCUCCUGAACGGCCAGGACCCCCACAGAGGGCCCUGCUGAUGCCAGGCACUAAGGCUACUGUUCUCGGCUUCCCGGCACCCCCCUGUAGGCCGCUGCCACCUGACCCUGUGCCUAAGAGACUCCAGGCUGAGCUCGCUGACCGACCCAAUCCCCCCACCCGCCCUCUGCCCGCUGACCCGGUGGUGAGGAGCCCGAAGUCUCAGGGGCCUGCCAAGCCCCCACCCCCAAGGAAACCACUGCCUGCCAACCCCCAGGGCCGGUGCCCAUCGGUCGACCUGCCUGGCCCAGGAGCUGGAAUCCCGCCCCUAGUGGCACCCUCCAGGCCAGCGCCACCACCCCCAGCAGUGUUCUCGCUCUACCUCUGACCUCUCCUGAGGACUCCAAACCGGACUUAGGACUUCAAGAGGCGGACUUGCCCCCUGGAGUACCCUGCCAUGACUGAAGGAGCCGGAGCCUGUACGGAGCGGAACGGUUGUCUUAAGGCGCCAGGCACGCACGAGCUGUCAAGCAGGACUCUGGGGACCUGCCCACGUCGUUGCAGCCCGGGGUUGGGGAGGGGCUGGGGCCUGGACAGGGUUGAGGGAGGUGCGCACAGCCUGUCUCUGCAAUA